AUGACCACCGUCUACCCAAGUCCGAAUUCCCCGCCCGAGUUAUCCGGGUCCAAGUCCUCUAAGUCUUCUUCGUUCCACUCCUCGCAAAUCGAUGGGCCCGAUAGCGUCUUCACCGAUAUUGGAAACUUCGAAGAAAUUGGUCUCGAAGAUGACGCGGAAUUGCCAAUUGUCGAUCAGCCCGCCCCUUAUGGCCGCGGCCUGACAACCCGGUCGCCCGCCCCCAGAUUGCCAAACGGCCUGCCUUACAAGAGCCCUGCAGCGACGACACGAGAUCUGACUGCGACACCGAAGCCGCGGAAACGAAGUCCCCUGCCGCCGAUUCACAGCCAGUUCAAUGGCUCCGUUCGGACCCCGCAAUCCGCAGGUUCUCUGUCGGCACGGUCCGGCAAUAGAAGAGACUCGGCGAGUGCAAAUUACUCGGGUGGCUUGACGCCUUCACAACCUCGUCGGUCACGGUCGACGUCUCCUCUGCGGCCAACGUCCAGCCGGUCCGCUUCGAGCACGAGUUUGGCUUUGUCGCCGCUCUCUGCGCGAACGCCCGUUCCGAAACAAACGUGGCAACCGAAUCGCAAGUCCUUGAAGGAUUUAGAGAAUGAAUACCACGACUCUGAUGACGAGCUUCCCGACGAUGCCAGUCUGUGGAACAUUCCGAUUUCCCCGCGUCCCGUUCAAGAUCGCCCCCAGUCGCGAGCCGCAAGCCCCAAUGGCCGUAGUCCCGGUCGUCGGCCACUACCGAUCUCGCACACCACAUCUGAUAUGUCGUCAAACCAGGAUCAUUCGUCCCAAUCAGCCUCUCGUGCCGCACGCAUGAAACGAACACAGCGGUCUAGUUCUGCAGGACCUGAACGAGGCCAAAUUUCCCCGCGCAAUCCCCGCGCCUAUUCAUACAACAGUUAUCUGUCCGAUCUGUCAGAAGAAGCAAGGAUCAUCACCGAGGCGCUGGAACACCACGCGGAUGAAAGCGAGCGCAAGCAAGAAGAUGCCGUGCAGAAUGGACUAUCGUCGCGAAAGUCGAGUUCUGAAUCCCCACGAGCAUCCGAUGCGAUUGAAUUACCGCCCUUGCAGAAGUCUAACAUUAUGAUCGACCCGCUACCCAUUAGCAAAGAGAAGGAGAAGGUUCUUACACGCACGCGCCCUAGCUGGCUGCCGCCAAAGGACCAGAAGGAGGAGAAGAAGCAUCUUAGAGAGUACAAGCAGAUGAUGGCGCAAUCGAAGGAAGCUGAGAAGCGAAGAGCAGCUCGAGCUGCUUCCGAACAAUGCGAAAAGGAUACCACCCGCGCAACGCUCCAAAACAUUUGGGAUGACUACGUCAACCCCAACUGGGAUAGUGCGCUGCGCGAGCCUCGCAUACGAGAACUCUGGUGGCGUGGAAUCCCGCCUCGUAGCCGAGGAGCCAUGUGGAAACGUGCCAUUGGUAAUGAGCUUUCGCUCACGGAGGAGACAUUUACCAAGGCGUUGCAAAGAGCCAAGGAUUUGCGGUCCAAGACCAAUGCAGAGCCUGGAGAGAACAAUAAGCGUAUGCUCGAAUGCUUUGAGGCAAUCGACGCAGACGUCUCAAAGGCAUUCCCCGAUUUGAACCUGUUCCAGGAGGGCGGGCCAUUGCGGGAUACGCUUAUUGAUCUUUUGCAGGCUUACUGCAUGUACCGUAGCGAUGUGGGCUACAUUCACGGUCUGCACACCAUCGCCGCACUCCUCGUUCUUCAAUUCCCCACCCCUAGCUCCGCUUUCCUCGCCAUGGCCAACGCCCUUAAUCGCCCUCUCCCAGUUGCCUUCCUGACUUGGGACCGUGGUGCCAUGGCCCGCACUUACUCCCUCGCUUCUGAGACACUACAUUACAAGUUCCCCCGCCUGGCGACCCAUAUCCAGGAGACCCUCAAGCUCUCUGACGAGGAAGUCUGGGAACCCAUUUUCAGAUCUCUCCUUACCAACGGCCUCGAUCUUGAACGUAUCUCUCGCGUGUGGGAUUGCUGGGUCUUUGAAGGGGACCGAAUUAUGAUUCGCUCUGCCGUUGCAAUUCUCGGCUGUCUACAGGCGCAACUCAUGUCCUUCAACCAGCCAGACGACCAGUCUCGCCUGGCCGUGCGCAACAUUCUGGGCUGGGGACCUCGUCAUUCUGGCGCUAGUGCCCAGAAGCCAAAGGAUCGUCACAGUGCACCUGCGGCGGCUGGGUUCGGUGGUCAAGUUACGAAUCCCGGUGUGGCUGAUUAUUGGGUCUUGACCGCUGCUGGCAACGAGGAUGGGUUCAUGACUGCCGUGCGAGAGGCUGGAAAGGUGCGGCAACAACAACAGCAGCAGCAGCAAUAG